CUGCCUAAAUUAGACCGCGCCCCUCGCCGGGACGGGGCCCGACCCGUCCCCCGGGGAGCCGGAGGGGAGAAGGAGCGAUGGGUUUCUGCUGGAGCGGGGAGUGCGGCUGCAGCGGGCCUUGCCGGGCCGGCCAUUAUGUGCCAUGCUGUACCGGAUGGGUGGGCCCCACUGUGCUGCUCUGCGUCUACGGCUUCUUCUCCAUGAUGCGGCCCAUAGAGCCUUUCUUGACAGAGUUUCUCACAGGGACUUACAAGAACCUCACCACGGAGCAGGUGACCAGACAGGUGUUUCCCGUGCUGACCUACUCCAAUGUGGUCCUGCUCGUCCCGGUCUUCCUGGUGACGGACCUCCUCAGGUACAAGCCAGUAAUCGUCCUCCAGGGCCUCACCUAUGUCGCCACGUUCCUGCUCCUGCUCGUCGGCUCCGGGGUCCACUCGGCGCAGUUGGCCCUUUUCAUCUACAGCAUCGCCAUGGCGGCAGAUGUGGCCUACUUCUCCUACAUUUACACCGUGGUGCACGCCAGCUACUAUCAGCGAGUGACGAGUUAUGUCCGGGCGGCCAUACUGCUGGGCUACGCUGUGGGUGGCCUGCUGGCUCAGCUGCUGGUGUCGCUGGGUGGGGUGUCCCUCUAUUGCUUGGCUGUUAUAACCCUCAUCUCCGUCUCCGCGGCGCUGAUAACCACCUUCUUCCUGCCCAUGCCCAAGACCAGUUUAUUUCUCCACGGAGCAUAUCCUGCGCAACAGGGGAGUCCCCCGGACGAGGGCGGCGCGCACGACUCCGAAAGUCAGGACUUUUGGGUGAAGAGCGCGGCGGCUGCCGAGCACGUCGGGAGGAUGCUCACAAGUGUCCUGGUGGACUGUAAGAAAUGUUACUCCUCCGCGGCCUUGCUCUUCUUCUGCAUAUGGGCAGCGACGGGGCGGUGCGGCUUCUACCAGGUUACGGGCUACGUCCAGCUCCUCUGGGUUCACAUACAGCCCCACAACUUCACAGCCUACAACGGAGGGGUGGACGCCAUCGGCACACUGUCAGGCGCCGCGGCCACGGUUGCCGUGGGCCACGUGUCCCUGGAGUGGUCCGUGUGGGCCGAACUGAUCCUGGGGGGCUUCACGCUCCUGAUCGCCGGCGCUCUGUUCCUGAUGGACCUGACCGACAACAUCUGGAUCAGCUACGCGUGCUGCGUCCUCUUCAAGACGCUUUACAUGCAGCUCGCCACCGUCUGCACUUUCCAGAUAGCCAAGGCGCUGAACAGGAGGCGCUAUGCGCUGGUCUUCGGCGUGAACAGCUUUGCGGGCGCGGUCCUGCAGAGCGUCCUCACCGCCGUCGUCAUCAACACCAGGUCCCUGCAGCUCACCAUCACCUCGCAGUUCUUCAUCUACGCCUCGUACUUUGCCGCCCUUUCCCUGCUGUUCACAGUCAGAGGUGUGCACACGGUGCUGCGCGCCAAGUGGCCCGCCGCCGGCGACCGGGCCGGCGGAAGCCCCGACCUGCCGGACGGCCCCCGCCUGUGAAGCCUCUCUGAGAACACACUCCCAUAAAUAAGAAGUUCAUACUGCAGCAGCAACAUGGAAAAAUAUAACUACAUCAAGAAAUGUAUUGUUAUUGUAUUGUUUGUACCAUCUGAAAUCAGGAUUUGAGAAACUGGGACUCAUCCAGAGGGUUUGUGCAGUCACCACGUGUGGCCACUAGAGGUCAGUACCUGCACAAUAUAAAACUAGGAGAUCACUACACGGCAGCUCUGAAAACAUUGGAUCAUGUUUCUAUAAGUUGUGUUUCACAGAGACACCGUCAGUUCUGAGUACACCAGGAGCUUUGUGGGCGUUUUAUUGUUUCCGUUGCCCGUCUUUCUGUUUUUUCCCCCCUAAUGCAUAUUGUAUACGUCUCGCACGCCGUCCUGCCCUUUUAUUAUCGGAGCCAACCGUCCGUGUAACGGUUUAAUGCUGCUUUUCUUUUCAUGACGUCCCUCGGAGUCACUAUCACACCCAAGCCCGCUUUUGUCACGUGGACGUUUAGGCCGGCAAACGGCCUUUUAACCUUUUUUCUUUGUCUCCUUUCUUCUCACGCGCUGCUCGUUCGGAGUAGCGGCCGCGAGGCCACGUGGCGGCCACGUGCGGCGCUCGUUGGGGAGCUUAUUGAAAGCAGAGCGUUCAAAACAUAUCGUGGCCGGAGCAGCUCAUCUGAAAAAAAUGAGACGGUGAACACUGCCGCCUGCUUGUGAAAUAUCAUUCAUACCGCAUUAUAAUUUAAAAAAACUAAAUACGCUUUUGUUUUUUAUCAACAAGAUGAUAUUUCUAAAUGAUCAGUGGAAAAAUAACAUUACUGAUUUCGUUUUUUUUCUUUUCUUUGCUCCGAAACAAACGUGACCACGUACAAACAAAACUCUGAUCAACGAUGGGGAACACGCUUGUGUUCUUGGCUCCUUUGUCGUUCGCUUGUGUAAAAGAAUCAAUAAAAGAUUUGCUGAGAACAUCAAACAACACAUUUAAUAUACUUGGAGGCACGAUCAAUUUUUAAACUGGCACUCAUCAGGACGGCUUAAUAACUUAAUAACUUAAUAAUCUCUCAAACAGCCCGCUUGUUGUGAUACCUGCACAUAUUACAACCGUCAUUUCUGGGAAAUUCAUUUCUUUUUAUGUUACUUAGAGAGACUCUCUGUACGUUUUGGUGCAGAAUCUCAAAUUCGCCCCUAAAACGUUUUCCCGGCUCACGGUUGAUGUUUUGAGACUCAAACAGCGAAAAAGCUGUGGGCAAAAUCUGGUGCAUCAGUUGCACUGUUUGGUUCAAUAAGAAAGCGAGGGGGCAUAUUCUUUUUCCAAGCAACACGCUGUUGCCUGGUAACAGGUGCAUUUGUUUUUUCGAGGCCCGGAGUCUUAUUCAAAUAGCCGGCCGAUUCCGCGUAGCGACAGUAUACAGACGUCUGUGUGUGUGUGUGUGUGUGUGUGUGUGCGUGCAUGUGUAACCAGUUAUGAUUAUACGUGCAUGCAACGCUUGCACAAAUGUAUAUAUUUCCUGGAAGUAACAGUAGGCCCAUAGACGGCGCCUCAACCCGCCGACCUCCAUGGAAUCAGUGCGCCGCUGUGAUGCUCAGCAGGUGGUGUGAUGAAAACCAGACGCUCCUCAUGGUCAUUGAUCAGUCAGGCAGAGAGAACCCCCCCCCUUCCUUAAAGAAGGAUAAGAAACAGAAGAUGCCCCCACCAGCAGAGGUCAGAUAAAGCAUGCGCAGUCACGGCCUGAUCUAUAAUUCACAGUCAUUAUAACAGUGAGCUAAUUAGGGCGCCAAGAUGGAUGACGGGGGGCAGCGGCUGUUGGCCGGAAGGAGUGGGGGCCAAUUGAUCAUAUCUAGACGGGGACACGUCCCCUCGGUUUACGUCUGGCGUCUUUGCAUUUCGGAGGCUGAUUGAAUGUACAGUGAAGGAGGAAGCCGCUGCUCUGCCGCUAUUCAAAAAAAAAAACAAUUAAGAAGGUCUAAUUGCAAUUUCCGUGUGUUGAAGGAGUAAUUUCAGUCAAAUGGUUUUUUUUUAAUGCAUUUAUAAUAUUUAAUACACUGGGUGUUUUUUUUUUAAUCCACCUGCUUGUGUUAUGGUCUGCUAAUUAAAUGAAAGCGAAAGUAGCAGAAAUAAUAACAUAGUCAUCAUAAAGUACACGUUCCGAUUUGGUCCAUUUGGUAUAACGUUAAUAUGCUUCUCUUUGUAGCGGAGCACCCCCGUGCCUACCUGAGCAGAUGGUACAGUCCAUGUCCAGGUGAGCCUGAGUAAAAGUCAGACAUCAGUCUGUGGCUGCUGACAGGUCGAGGGUUUCAUCUCAAGCCACGGCAGCAGAAGAGUUUAGGUUUUAGCUUUGUCUUUUUGUUGCGUGGACUGCAAUGUUUCAUGGUUUCAUGUUGUUACCAAAAAACCCUUAUCUUUUCGUUUAGUCAAAAUCGGGUUAAAAACCUGCAAAAUUUGCUAAUUUAGUGCUAAUUGGCUCAUUUUAGCAUGCUUACAAGCUAUGCUGAGGUGAUGAACGUGGCAAACAUCCUACCCACUUAGAUUCAGCACGUCGACAGUGUCACUAUGAGCGUUUUAACAUGAAUUUACACAAAAGGUUUUGUCUUUUUGACGUAUUUAAAUUAUCAACAUUAGGAUUUUUCUUGUUAAAUUUCUGCUUCGACAGGUCAAAAUGUCAAACAAGACGAGAAGUGCCAGACCAGUUGAAAGCUGAAAAAAAAUAAAUACAUGAAUUAAACCCAUACCAAAGUUCCAUUCAGCUUCCGUCCAGAUAAGCGAUGCGAUAUUUCCCCGUCUGCUCGAUUCUCGUCUUUCACCGCCCCCUUGUGGCUGCGGCAGGAAGCGACGCGUCGACUACAAGCCACGUUGCCAUCCAUCAUUUCACCAUUCAUUUUCACUUACGAGCAACCUUCAGUGAUUCAUGGCUCAUUUAGUCACAGUGGUCCGUCUCGCUGACGGAGCACGUGUCGGAUGAGGCAAGGAAACGGCUUCAUCGUCAUCGCCACCUGCUUAUGAUCGCGCUGCCAGCGGCUCGGCUGGUGAAAUACAGCAGCGCCCCUCACUGCACGUGGCGUGCAGGUCGUCGCUCCCCUCUCCGUCCGAGAGACGAGAGGCAGGAGAAACUGAAGGUGGAACUAUCUGUGAGCGAUAUGUCAAAAGGUUUGACAAGGUUGGGCCCUGCAGUAUCAUAUUAAUCCCGUCCGUCAUACCUCCGGCACAAAAGUUAGAAUGGCUUCAUUUCGACUCAUCAUUCUGAAAUGCUUGACUUCAGCUGAAGCGUCGUCGUCCUUCUCUCUUUUUUUCCAUUGGCACUUGUGUGGUCAAGUCCCUGCAACCGGGGCAUUUUCCCCUAAUGGAGCCGUGAGUCAACACUACGUCUACAGUUGCAGCCUCUUGUCAUUUAUGAUUUCAUGCUUCCUGUGUGCGCGCCACGCCCCCCAGGCGGCGCGCGACGAGAGAAUACAUAUUGCAUCAACGGCCGACCCCCGGCUCCCUGUUUCCUCCCCACACAUUGGUCUCGGCAUUCCAAAGUGAGCGGACCGCGAGGCGCCGACCCGACCGUCCCGACUGGGGAGUAGCUGGGUUUCAGUGUCCUGUUCUCAGGCUUUUUCCCUGCUCCAUGCAGCCCUGGAAGAAGGGGGACGCCGUCGGGUCAGUCGGCCUGUUAACCCUACAGAUCCAGUCAUGAACCAGAAGGCCCCGCUCUCCUCUCCACCGUCCCCGAAAGCGAAGCCUCAGCGGAAGUGCCUGAAAUCUGUAUUCUCUCGAAUGGCCAUUAGAGGGCGACCCUACUGGUUGUUUCUAUAGAAGUCUGUGAAUAUGGUAAGAUAUGCAGCGCUCACUGUAGCUGCUAUUCUCACGCCCCUUUCACCGUCUGCGCCGCUAAUAUCAUCUCCACACACACAC